GGAGAAGGAGGUGGUGUCGAGAGACUGGCAAGAUUCAACAACAUCGCAACCUCAACCAACACCACUAUACAAUGAAAUUAUCAUCAAUAAUACCCGUUCCCGAACUGCACUACUUCACCCUCCUGCUGGUAACGGGUCUGUAUAAUCCAGGACGAGGGGAAAUAACCAGUCUGGACUCUGGAAACAUCGAUGACAUCCUCAACGGAGCAGGUGUGGCUCUAGUCAACUUCUAUGCAGACUGGUGUCGUUUUAGUCAGAUGCUGCACCCCAUCUUUGAGGAGGCGUCAAAUAUAGUGCGCGAGGAAUAUCCAGACGCUACCCAGGUGGUGUUCGGCCGGGUCGACUGUGACCAACACUCUGAUCUAGCGCAGCGCUACAGGAUAAGCAAAUACCCCACACUGAAGCUGUUCAGGAAUGGCAUGAUGAUGAAGCGAGAGUACAGAGGUCAAAGGUCAGUGACCGCCAUCGCCGACUUCAUCCGCCAGCAGAAAGUGGAUCCAAUUAAAGAGAUCGAAAAUCUGGAGGAAAUCAGCACUGUAGAUAGGAGCAGACGCACCAUCAUUGGUUACUUUGAAAAAAGGGACUCGGACAAUUACCGUACUUAUGAGAAAGUGGCCAACAUUCUGAGAGACGACUGUGCUUUCCUGGCAGCUUUUGGGGAGGUUUCUAAGCCCGAACGUUUUAGUGGUGAUAACAUUAUUUAUAAACCAUUGGGAGAAAAUGCUCCUGACAUGGUCUACAUGGGCUCGCUUACAAAUUUUGACCUCAGUUACGCCUGGACGCAAGACAAGUGUGUACCGCUAGUCCGAGAAAUCACAUUUGAAAACGGAGAGGAACUGACAGAGGAGGGAAUCCCGUUCCUGAUCCUCUUCCAUCAGAAGGAUGACACAGAGAGUUUGGAGAAAUUUCAGCAAGAAGUGGCUCGUCAGCUUAUUAGUGAAAAGGGUUCUAUAAAUUUCCUUCAUGCUGAUUGCGAUAAGUUCCGGCACCCUCUACUUCACAUUCAGAAGACACCUGCCGAUUGCCCUGUAAUCGCCAUCGAUAGUUUCCGCCACAUGUAUGUCUUCCCAGAGUUCAGCGACCUUGCGGUUCCAGGAAAGCUGAGGCAGUUUGUAUUGGACCUGCACUCAGGAAAGUUGCACAGAGAGUUUCAUCACGGCCCAGACCCCACAGACAGCACUCCAGGACAGCAAGAGGAGAACAGAGAGGUGCCCAGUAAUCCCCCAGAGAGCUCCUUCCAGAAAUUGGCCCCCAGUGAGACACGCUACACCAUCCUCAGGGACCGAGACGAGCUGUGAUGUCACAUUCGCCAUCGAGACCCAACCCAGAACCCAGCAGUCUGUCGGUGCCAGUCUGGCACUGAUGCUGCCUGCGCAACGUCUAUUUUCAUAAUUUUAUUUUAGAUAUUAAAAAAAGAAGGUGAACCCCUGAGCUUUUUUUGGGGUGGGGAAUGAAGAGGAGCGUUUUUACUUUUGUUUCUGGAGCUUGUAAAUAUGUUUGUGCUCUGUGGGUCUUGUCUAAAUUAAAAGUAUGAUUUUUUUUUUUCGCCCUUUUUUUUAUUUUGCCCUACAUUUUUGUCAGCCCGAGUCCCUUUUUUGUAGGAAAAAAUUGGUACAUUGGUGGUCCUCCUUGUUGGGAACGCACAUAGAGUUUAUCUUGGAUCUUGAGAGUUCGGCCAAGUGGAAUCAUGGGAAAAAGUGUAGUCUAAGAACAAACCUGCAGUCAACCUGUGCUGUUUCACUCCAGUCCUCAACUGUGUGUGUGUGUGUGUUUGUGUGUGUGCGUGAAUGAGCGUGUGUGUGUUUGUGUCUGCGCACAUGUAUGUUACAUGUGCUUAUUAGUCUGUAUUUGUAUGUACUGUACUGGUCCAGACUUGUUUAAAUUCACACUCGCUAAGAUCCAGACUCGCUAGUCUCAUAUCAUCCCAUUCCAGCAGGGGGAGUGGUCAGGGGGGCGGGGUUAUCUGGGGGUCCGGUUCAGAGGGAUGGGGGAUUAUUUGUAAAUCUGUCAUCUCAGAUGGGGACGAGGAAAGGAAAAGUAAAUUAAAAACAUUUUACAAGAUUCUA